AUGCAUAUUUCUCCAUUCAGCCUUCUCUAUGCUGUUGGUGGGUACGAUGGUGAUCGCCGCCUUGACAGCGUGGAGCGAUAUGAUCCUGAAAUCGACCAAUGGACCUGUGUUGCCAGUUUGAACACAGCUCGCUCUGGUCCCGGUAAGUUUUUAUAUAUUAGACUUGUAAAAUACUAA